CGCGCCCGCGCGCUGCCGGCGGCCCUCACGGUGACGCCGAACGCGGCGGCGCGCAUCAACGGCAUGCUCUCCGGUAAGGACGACGCGAUCGGCGUGCUCCUGGGCGUGAAGCGACGAGGGUGCAACGGCAUGAGCUACACGCUCAACUACGCGACGGAGGCGCCGGACGCCAAGCACGAGCGCGUCGAGUGCGACGGCGCGGUCGUCUGGGUCGAGCCGCCCGCGCUUUUCCACAUCGCGCGCGGCCCGCCGAACCAUUCGCAGGUCGGCACGGUCAUGGAUUUUGAGGAGACGGCCCUGGAGACGGGCUUCACGUUCACGAACCCGAACGAGAAGGGACGAUGCGGCUGCGGCGAGUCCUUCAACGUG